AUGAAAAUCAGAGCAAAAGUUCGCAAAAGUGCAAGUUUCCAGGUAUCGGGACAUUUCUCUUCUGCUGGUAGCGACAUCUCUACGUCAUCGAGCCCGUCUGAAUGUUCGGAUACACCGUUGAGAAAGUUUAACCGUCUCUUACGGAAUGCUGUCGCGGGCGCCCGUAGAUGGUCUUACUUCAAGAAGCAAGCACGCUUGAUAAGCAGGGGUCGGUCGGUUAGUGAUGCUGGCCUCUGUAGCAUCGCUGACGAUGAUCUGUGCGAAAGAUUUUUCCUGCCAGUACAUAGCCAAUCGGCACAGUGCAUUGUACCAUCUCUAUCAUUAACGUCGGCUGGUGGCUCGGGCAGUUCGCACGGGCUAGAAGAAGCCAGCGACGGCAGUGACGCUGACCGACCUCGCAGACACCACCUACGUGUUCCCUCUACUGUUUACCCGGGACAGUAA